AUGACGGAUCAAGGGAAAGAUUUGAGUGAACUUAGACGACAUACAUUCGGUAACUCGGUCGAUCGGUACGUCCUGAAGAAACUCGUCCAGAAAAUAUUCAAGAAAUGUCGCUGUCGAAAAAUACGUGGCAGGGAAUCUCACGCAACAGAUGAAAAUUCCGAACCAAAGACGUCUGCUUCUCGAAUCUGCCCUGGGCAUGAACGAGCUCUUGAUAUACACAAAACAGUUCAUGACCUUGACGUUAGAGAAGAAGGAAUAUCUACACUGAUGUGUUAUCUGGAGCUGCAUCCCUAUGAGUGGGUGGAGAAUUUACAGCCAGUGUAUGCCACGUGCAAACUUCAGUGUUACGGAGGUCCUGCACAGCUACAGGCUGUGGCCAAAAAGUGUCCACCCGUAGCCGUAGCCAUAGCGAAGCAGAAAAUGGAAGGCGAGACAUUUUCAUACCGCAGCAGUGUUGAAUUUGACAUCAUUGAGCUGAGUGACAGCAUGGGCUGGGACUCGGGUCCUGUGAAGAGAGAACUUCGGCUACUACAGUGGAACUUACAACCUGGUGGGGCCUCAAAGACUGGCGUGAUGGUUGAGUUUUCUGAUCUAACGUUUCACUUCCGCUCCCCUGGGGACCUGACUGAGGACGAGAUGGAUGGAGUGAUUGACUUCCUGCACCACCGUGUGGUGAAGCAGGAGAAGACAGAACUCUUUCAGCUGGAUCUUCUACACAGCUCUCUCAAGAGUGCAGCACAUCGAAAUUACUGGAUGUGUUGUGAUGAAGCUAACAUGGCGAAGAGCGACAAACUGCGAGGUUUUAUUGAGGACUAUUUUGAAAAUGAUAAAUCUGUUGAGAUGCGGAUGAGUGAAGCAGAGGAAAACAGCCUAGAGGACUCAACAAGUCGAGACCUUGGUCAACUUGUGCUGGACAUUCGACAGUUCAUCAAUCUGUACGGCCAUGAACACAGUCUGAAUGGACGGGUGAUUGCCAGGGUUUUCCACGGGAUUGCCAGUCCGUGCUUCCCCAGUCUGACCUGGGGACGAGUUCGACGCUUCUGGAGAUGCCAUCUCGGUGUUGAUUUCAACAGUAUUUUGAAAAUUGCCACUAAGGAGUUGAUUGGUCUAAGAUAAAAGGUGCCAUUUGAUUGGCUGGAGAUGAUAUGACAUGUGUUGUGACCAUCCUAAAGAGUGGAUUGGUCUAAGAUGAUAAAGAGUUGCCAUUUCAUUGGCUGUAAAUAAUAUGACAGGUUUUGUGACCGUCCUAAAGAGUUGAUUGGUCUAAGAUGAUAAGAGAUGCAAUUUGAUUGGCUGAAGAUGAUACGACAUCCUUUAUGACUGGCCUAAGAUGACUCACCUAUGGUGAUAAAUGUUUUCUGAUGAGCCUUAAAAACGUGUAUUGUGAUAGGACCUAAGAGAGACGUAUCAUUUGCUUGAACUAAGAUGAGUGAUACAUUUGCUUGAUCUUUAAAGAUAAUUGAGCAAAUUUAUAGAGAUGCUAUAAUUUAUUUGACUGAAGAUAAUACACUUGAUAUUUGAUUGGCAAAUUAUACAAUAUGAGGAUGGCAGAUGGAAGACAUGACAUUUGAUUGGCAAAAGCUUAUAGAUAUAACAUUUUCAAUAGUAGAAGUAAUUUAAAUGGCUGGAAGAAAAUUGGCAGAAGACAGACAUGUGAUACGAUUGGUAGAAUAUGACUUACAUGACAUUUGAUUGGUAGAAUUUGACAAACAUGACAUUUGAUUGGUAGAAUAGGACCUUUGAUUGGUCAAAAAUGAUAGACAUCUUAAUUUGAUUGGCAGAAGAUUAUACAUGGUCGACAGAAGAUGAUGGACAAGUUAAUUUUGUCGAUUUUUUAGGGAACCUUUUCCAUCCAUCAGAUGUGGUGUCCACCAGGCUCAAAUAUAUUUACUCAUCUUUUGUGUUUAAUAAAAAAAAGUCUAAUUUUAUAACAGAUGUGUUAUUUACAUGGACCUGCUUGGCAGUGUGGUAGUCAACUGGAUGGAAAUGAAUGAGUGAUAUACAAUGAGUGAAGUUUGCAAUCAUAUCUCACGAGUCUCACUCAAGUGAAGAGCGUUCAGGUGAUUUAUAAACAAUCUGCACCGUCACUCCAAUCUCACACACCCCAACACAUAAUUGUCUUUUUUCCAUGAGUUGUGAAGAUUGAGACAGAAAAACUUACGUGAAGGAAGGAAAUGUUUUAUUUAACAACGCACUCAACACAUUUUAUUUAUGGUUACAUGGCAUCAGACAUAUGGUUAAGGACCACACAGAUAUUGAGAGGAAAUGUGCUGUCACCACU